AUGGCGUGGCUCAAGGACUUUGUGGAUAAGGCGACGGAGGAGUAUAGGAAGGAGAUGAAGUUGGAGAGAGAGAGACAGCAACAGUUUGCGGACCAACAGCAGAGAGAAGAGCAGAGACGUUUUGGUCAUGGCCGGGUUGGGCAGAGUGCUUCACCAUCAGGUUGGCAACAACAUCAGUAUGGACAGUCAACUUAUCAACAACCUCAAAGCCCGCAGUACCAGAGUCAGUCACCUCAUUAUGGGCAGCAUCAGAGUCCGCAAUAUCCACCACCACCAUCACCAUACAACCCCAUGAGCUCACAGUCAACCCAAACAGCUGCACAAUCAUCAGGAACAACUGAUCGCAGAACACAGUACUACGCCGACCUGGCCAAAUUCCAAGCCCAAGCCGAGCAAGCAAAGACACAAACACAUCACCUCGAAACGCAAUGGCGCGAAGCCGAACGACUCGCGGCACAGUACAAAGCCGAAUACCAAGCACAAAUGAGGCAGGCAGAGGAGCAAAUGGCAAAAAUGAAUAUUGAUCAUAACAACGAGUUGGAGAGGUUGAGGACAGAAGAGGCAAGGAAUUCGAAGUUGGGUGAAGAGGAACUUGUGAAGGAGCAGCAAAAGUUGUUUGAUGAGAUUAGACAACAGAGAGCACGACAGCAGAAUGGAGAGGAUGAUGAAGAGAGACCGCCCUUACCGCCGAGGGUUAGUACAGAGGAUGUUGCACCGCCUUUACCGAGGAGACCUGUCUCUACAACUGAAGGUGGAAGUAUGAGUCCUAGAAGGUCGACACCUUAUCACUACUCAGGUCAGAAGGAGUCUCUUUCGCCUCAGAGUCCUCGGGGUCAUGUACCGCCUCCUCCGCCUCCUCCGCCUCCACCUGGCCCCCCUCCUAUUCUAAACACAUCCCAACGUCAGAGAAAGGGUGCCAGUCAAGUUUCUCAACAACAAACGACCAACAGUCCUAGACCACCAAGUCCACAGACAAAACCAACAUCCGGGGUACAAGAGCAGGCGGCCCAAGAAAGGAGCCCAUAUAAUUCACCGAGUCCUGGAUCUCGGUCGCAUAAACUAAGGAAUUCUUUCCACGCACCAUCCCCUUCCUCUGAAUAUACCUCCCCUCAGCAGCAGCCAGAGACUACAUCUCAUUCGCCUCGCCCAGUUUCAAGUCCCCGCCAACAGAAACCUCCCCCUUUUACUCCAUCACAAAAGCCUCCUCGCGUGAAAACGCCCGAACCAGCACAUGGGCAUCCAUGUGGUGCAAAGCCAGGAUCCGAAUGCUCAGGAUCUCUGAAUUCGUUCCCCCAACACUGGUUCUAUCACGCCUCAGUUCCCGAAUUCGUCAUUUGUGCCCGUUGCUACGUUGAUCACAUAUACAAUACGAAGUUCUGCAACUCGUUCAAAAUGACCUUCUACGAUGAUGGUGAAAAGCGGAAAUGUCGGUUCAGCAGCAGACGAGUCAAAGAUAAUCUCUUCCCUGCGGCGGUCAAUUCUGGAGAUCUGGAUCAGCUCAUCGAGUUUAUGCACAAGAGAAUCAACAUAAAAGACUGCAGGGAGCAGAAUGCCGUCGAAGGGGAGUUGUGGUACAUAGCGGACGAUAUACCCGGCGGGACCAUUUGUCAGGCUUGCUUUGAGGAUGGCCUUAUCACGUCCUCGUUUGCCAAGUACUACAGCCUUCAAGAGAGUCAAGGAAGCGCUUACUGCGAUUUGAGCAUGUGGUUCCUCAAGCGCAAGUUUAUGGAGUAUGCCAAAGAGAAUAAAUGGAAUGAAUUCUGUCGGCAGUUCAAUGGCAGGGCGCAAUUACCGGAUUGUCCAAAACUCAACGUUGUCAAGGCUAGCCAAUAUACGUGGUACAAGCCUAAAUCUGGACCAGAGGGGCUGCAGGCGUGCGGAGCGUGUUACCAUGAUUACUUCCUGGCUUCAGAAGACGAAGACAAAUGGAAUCAAAUCAUUGGAGGUGAUUUCGGUACGAGAUGCAAUCUGGGCCAACUGAACCAUGUCAUCCUCAUGCACCAAGCCAUGGACGAUGAGGACAGAAGUCUCUUUUGGAACGCCGUGAAAGAGAUAGACAAGUAUCCGUUCUGCAGCAGUCAAGGCAUCAAGGGCGGUGUUUGGUAUACGCCCAUCAACGACGCUCCGUGGGGUAUCUGUGCUGCGUGCUAUGAGGGUAUAGUGAAGCCAGUCGGAGGAUCGAGGUGGUUUAUGAGAGACACGAAUGUUACGCAGGAUGGCGUGUACAUGUGCGGCUUCAAUCUCGGACAUCCACGCGCGUUCAAAGCUCUGGAGACAUACGCCAAUGCCCGAAAUUGGGGGGAGGGCAGGAUUUUUCUCGACUGGACUGCGCAAUGGGGCUCUGUUGAACAAUGCCCGAGGAUCAAGUUCAGCAAGAACAGACGUUGGUGGGGAUGGGGAGUGGUAGCCAUCUGUGAGGACUGCUAUGUCUCCUUUGCCAAAGGAACAGCUCUUGAACCCCGAUUCUCACUCACAGGCCAGAGAGAACCUGACAAGGAACGUAUGUGUGAUCUCUUCUCUCCUCGCAUGAGGAGUCUAUACAACGAAGCAUGCACUACAGGUGAUCUGGAAGGAUUCCUCACAAUGGCAGAACAGCGACAUAUUAUCUACACGCAGACAAUUAUGCAAUGUGAGCAAAUCCUUAACCAGCAAAAAAUUGCUGCGGUGCAGGCGCAGAUGUUGGGCUCGCAGGGUACCUUUUACAAGAGUAUGGGAUGGUCGCAUGAUGUGACCAUGGGACAUACAUACACGGUUGGAAAUUCAUAUGCUGGGUAUGGACAUGAGAAUGAGUACGUGCUUCAAGGCUAUACGUAUGAUAGACAAGCGAGGGAGAAGAUGGCUGAGGUUAUGAGUGGUGGGCCGAUGAUGAGGGUGCAGAUGCUUGAGGCGAGGUGGAAAGAGGUUGAGUGA